AUCAUAAAACGUUGUCGUGCCAAAGUAGAGAGCAGUAUCACCUACAUAUAGUUGGAAGCCCUCUGCUUCUAGCCCCUUUCAGCUUUUCUUCUCUCGAGCCUUACCCUGCGCCGUUGGUAGCCGACAUCAAUCGGAGAAGAAAGCUCGUAUCAGAUAAAUCCUAGCUACCAUGGAAGUUGAAACAGUUUCAUCUCAAACCCAAAAAGAGUCUGGUUCUUUGCCACCAAAGCCACAGUUUGAGCCUUUGAAGGCGCAUGAGAUGUCUGAUGGUCGAGUGCAGUUCCGGAAGGUUUCUGUCCCACCUCAUCGGUAUUCACCUCUCAAGAAAGCAUGGAUGGACAUCUACACUCCAGUUUAUGAGCAGAUGAAGAUUGACAUACGCAUGAAUCUCAAGGCUCGUAGAGUUGAAUUGAAGACUAGACCAGACACACCAGACAUAAGUAACCUACAGAGGUGUGCGGAUUUUGUGCACGCAUUCAUGCUAGGUUUUGAUGUUAUAGAUGCUAUUGCCCUUUUGCGUAUUGAUGAACUGUAUGUGGAAUCUUUUGAGAUUAAGGAUGUCAAAACACUUCGUGGUGAGCAUUUGUCUCGUGCUAUCGGAAGGUUGUCUGGUAAAGGUGGCAAAACAAAGUUUACCAUUGAAAAUGCCACAAAGACCAGGAUUGUGAUUGCAGACACAAAAAUUCAUAUACUUGGAUCUUUUGCUAGCAUUAAAAUUGCAAGGGAUUCACUUUGCAGCCUCAUUUUAGGGUCACCUGCAGGAAAAGUGUACUCAAAACUUAGAGCAGUUAGUGCUAGACUGGCAGAAAGGUUUUGAUCAUUUUUAUUUCUGUUGUCUUUGAUGCUUUUCUCUGAUUCAUCAAUUGUUGGAUGUUCUAUUGUAAGAUUGGGUAUGAGGAGAAUAACUACAUAGAUUUGCGGCUAGGAUUUUGUUCAUCGAACUUUAGGAGACAGUAGUUCAUGAAAUGGUAGUGGAAGAAGUGUUCAUCAAGUAUCAUUAUAUCAAGUUUGUCAAAGGACCAUUGUGAGGAUUUAUUCCCCCACCCGUUUUUUUUUUAUUAUGUGCUAUUAUCUUUGCAUUAGUAGUGAUUGUAUUUAUUUUGUUGGAUGUACAGAUUUAUAAUGUGUUAAACCCUAUGGUUGCAUGUGUGUGGUUAUUAGUUCAAAAUUGAACCUGUUUUUAUUCUUUGUUUUCA